ACGCAGCGAGCACAUCUAGUUACAAUAUCGUUUCAACAAAGACGUGUACAUACUAAUUUAAGCUAUACUCUCUUCGCUGGUGGUGGGUUUCUCGCUUGCUACUGCAUUCUUAUCAUAUUUUAUCAGGUAACGUAAAUAAUGUAAUUACUAAUGGGUGAUAACACACGCUAGUUUCUCAUAAUGGCUAAUGUUAAGAGUAGAGUUAAUACGACUAAAGCCGCAUCUACAAAGAUUAACACAAAGGGGAAGGUUGGCAGGCCCAGAAAAUCUUUAACAAAUGUACAAAAUGUGACAGGAACAGAUGUUGUACAAAGACAACGAAGAGGGAAAUUAAAGAAAAAGCCAGAGAAGAAGGUUACUAUAUGUAAAUUGAAUACAAACCAGGAAGAGAAUAAAUCCAAUGAAUAUAAAAAGCCAAACCUUAAAAAAUUGUUGACUAAUAGUGGUCGCAUCAAAGAAAAAACAAAGAUAGACUUAAAGCUCUUUAAUGAGCUUUUAAAGACUGAACUUCAGAUUAAAGACAGUGACUUAUCACCAAAAAAGGAAGUAUAUAAGAAUACAAGGCUUAACAACAACAAUAAAGAUGGAAAAGUAAGAAAAUGUGCUAAAAAAGGAACUACUGCAAAUUCUAGUUCAAAAACAGAUAGCCAAAUAAAUAAAUCCCCUAAUCAAAACAAAAGCCAGUGUGAUAGUACUGAAAUCACAAAAACUAACAUCGAGUCUGGGAAGGAUCUCAAUAAUGAAACACCAACUCCUCCACCACCAAAGAUUUUCCAAUGUGAUUAUUGCAAUAAAAUAUUUAGAACCAAACCAGCAAUAAAAAGACAUUUAUCCAUUCAUGAUAAGUUGACAUCAUACGCUUGUUCUCAAUGCAACAAAUACUUCAGUAAUCUUAUAUACUUGGCAGCCCAUUCUAAGAGACAACAUCCAAACUGGAACAUACAUUAUAUGUGCAAUAUAUGUGAUAAAGCAUUUUUACUAAAGGCAAAUUUAAAACACCACUUGGCUUGUCAUAGCCGUAAUGAAAAAAUGUUUAAGUGUAUUUAUUGCAAGGAAAAAUAUUAUGAACAACAUGAACUCAUUGAACAUGAGAAACAGCAUUUGGUCGAUGGAAAAUAUUUGUGCAUUGUUUGUGAGAUGGGAUUUGACUGUAGGAACCGGCUCACCAGCCAUUAUAGAGUACAUUUGAAAGUGAAAGAUUUCAUGUGUCAGCAUUGUGGUAAGGAGUUUCUGAGAAUGAACUCGGUGAGACGUCAUGUCCAAAUUUGUCAUUCGGGACACAGGAUACAAUGUAAAAUAUGUAAAAAAUAUUUGAAGGGUCAUUUAGCUGAACAUAUGCGCACGCAUGAAAAGAAUCGUCCUCAUGUAUGCCCCGAAUGUGGGCAACGUUUUACUCAGUCAACACAAUUAACUGUACAUCGUCGGUCACACAGUGGAUCCCGUCCUUACACUUGUAGAAUUUGUAAGAGGCCGUUUACACACUCCAAUGCUUUGAUGUUACAUAUACGUCGGCACACAGGUGAAAAACCGUUCACUUGUGCCAUGUGUCCAAUAAAUUUUUCACAACUCCCACACAUGAAGGCACACAUGCGAAACAUUCAUGGCAAAGAAAACCCUUAUCGAUGCCAGAAAUGUAAACAAUUCUUUAAGUUGAAGGCUGAUUUAUCAGAUCAUACAAAAAGUUGCAAUGCAAAUCAAAAAGCUGCUAAGUCAUCACAGAAUGGGGAUCCAGAAGAGGAGUCUGCCACUAGGCUGACUCGCAUGAGGUUUCUACUAGCUCUUCUUCUAACAAUGAUAGCGACAAAAGAAAAACUGAAAUAUCUAGGUUUCAACAAACGAUUGAUUGAUGAAUUGCUUGUGGAGUCACUUGAAGCUAUGGGCCAUAAACCGUGCAAAGAUUUGGCUUUAACGCCUUUCAAUCGUCUCAAGACCAACAUUGAAAUACUACUUGAAGGAACUGUGCCCAAAGAACAAAUGGAAAAACUGAAGAAGGAAAACAAAACUACAGAGCAAAUUUUAGAACUGUUGACUGAUGAGAAAAAGCGCGGUUAAAAGAAAAGGAAUGCCUAUUGGGUAUGAAGUAAUGUUUCGAAUAAGUUAAGUAUUUAACAUAAUUUAUUACUCAGCAUCACUUAUAUACUUAAUGGAAUUUAUGUAUUAAUAUGGUAAUUUUUUAUCAACAAAUUUUAUUUUCUUAUAAAUUCUUAAAAAAUUAGGAUUAUAACAUUUUUAUACAACACAUAAAAUGUUUUAACUUUUAUACAAUACAUAAAUUAAUAUAUUAAUUAUUGUUUAAAUAUUAUCAGAAUUCAGAAUUUUUAAAGAUCUAACCAACACCAUUUCAAGGUCCAGAAUUAUAAUAUGAUUGUUUGAUGAUUGUCCUAUUCAGUUUCUAUAAAAAAUGAUCAUAACAUGUUAUAUUUAGUUUUAUAAUAAUAAAUUUAACCAAAGUUUAGGUAUAGUAUAUUAAAGUAACAAUGCAUCUUUUAAUUUUAUUUGCAACCCAAUAAUACAGUGUUUCAAUUAUUUAUGUGCCAUUUAAAUUAUUAUAUAUUGAUUUUAUUGUUUUUAAAAUAAUAUAAGUACUUAGGUAAUUAAAAUUUUCACGCCACUUAUUAUAUAUUGACACAUUUUAAAAUUUAUUGUUAUGUUGUUAUUUUUAUUCCAGUGCCAUUAUUUAUCUUUCUAUAUGUGUAGGAAUAGUGAAUAUUAUAUUAAAAGAUUGAAUUUUUUAAAUGAAAUGGGUGAACUGUUUUGAAAUUUUGUUACUCUCUGUGUUAUCACACAAAAUGGUAUAAUUCCAUUAAAUAAUAUUAAAUAUGUAACGACUGGAAUAAAUUGUGGUAUUUAAAAAAAAAAAAUAUGGUCAAUGGUUAUUAGUUUACUUAUAUUUUAUAAGCUAGAUGUUUGCUAUUUAAAAUAUGUUACUUAAAUGUAAGUGAAUAAUUACCUACUUACAAACAGAAAGUUUGAUAGGUAUAAAUCAUAAAUGUACAACGUGUAAGCAAUAGAUUUGGUAAUUCCACAUACAUAAUCAUCCAUAAGUAACAUUAUGGUUUAUUCAAAAAAAUAAUGGGCUAUUUACCAACAGAAGUAUGUAGCAGAAAGGGAUUGAUAGUCCUAUCCUACUAAUAUUAUAAAUGCAAAUGUUUGUGAGGAUGUGUGUGUGUGUGUU